AAUGGCCUUUAUGUCAGGUACUUUUGUGGGUCGAAGCAUACCAGUUGAAGUGGAUGAAUCCAUGCCAUGGUCCCAGUUACCUGAACACGUCUUGGAAAAUGCUCUGCAGCCUUCUGGAGAAGAUAUGGAGGAUGAGGAGGCCCAGAGCCCACAUGUUGCUCAAACACCUCGGGCCAAUCCAUCUUGCCUUUGCAGGGCACCAGCAUGUCGUCAUUCAGCACUGUCCGUGGAGCCUGACAGCAGCUUGUGGUCAUCAAAGGAUACUGAUCCUGAUGGAGGUGGACACUCCUGUUCCCCUAGUGAAUCAAUAUCAGGAGUAUUUCCCUCGAAGACACAUUCUAUAGGGAUGGACAAACCAGGCAUGCAGCCAAGAUCACAGCUUUCGGCUGACACUAGGCACAGCUCCAGUAAAUCAGAGCAGAUCUUGUCUGAUGUUCCUGAGGACUCACUGGAGGAGAGCAGCCAAGGGAGUUCACAGCCACAGCAACCCUCAGGAAACAGACUCCUGGCAGAGCUGGGGACUGUAGAUACAGGGUACAACUCCCAGUCACAAGACGUCAUGGGCAUCAGGCAUCUGGAGCCCCCCUUACCACUGGUGUCUGUGCUGAACCCCCAGGACCUCCCAGGACCACUGAUCUCCAGAGAGUUUUUGGGACCUGAGCAUCAGCAGUGCCCUCUGUGCCAGCACUUGCCACAUCCCAACACCCCCUCGCAAGCCCACGGCUGUUUCAGGCACCGCUGCCCGGCACAGCAGCCCGCCCAAGGCCCAUGUGAGUAGCACCUCUCGCCCCACAGGAGGUUCUCUGGGUGUGUCUCAGCCAUCGUUCACCAAGGGCGUGUUCCCAACACAGCAUGCAAUCAUUAAGCUCCUUAAACAUCCAGCUGCAGUCCAUUUUACAAUUUCAGAUUUUUGGGUUAUGUGGCUGGACUCUGCUGCAAAACCUCUGAACCUCUAAGUUAAAGAGGUCACAGUUACUCAUCGAGUGCAGGCGAAUGAUUUUGCCUAGAAACCAGCCUUUAUCGGUCACGCUGAGCAUGCACAGCCUCUCCCUGCUGUUAUUUCAUAUUCUAGUCAUUUCCUUCCUCCUUGCAUCAGUCAUUCGGCAGCCUCCUAUACCGACUCAAUUCCUGUUGUUUUCAUAGAUUUCCUUGCUCCCCCUUGGAUCCCCAAAGUUGAGAAUUUCCUGCCAGGAUCAGGAUGGGAGGUUACCCUUGAUCUCCAUAAAUAGUAUCUCCCAGCACUAUGGCCAGACUCACCCAUGUGUUUUAUUUCUAUGUGAAAAGAGCGUGACAUCCAUCAUCCUCAUUUUUUUUUCCCCGUUGUCAGCUGAAAUGAAAGCUCAUUACUUAAAAUGGAGCCCUCUCAGCUGCUGGUGAUUGUGUCGCUGAGCGCUGAUGUGACUCCCUCAAUAUGGGCGUUCUGGCUCUGGGAGACUACAGCACAGUUUACAGCCUGCUAUUAAUUAGUAUUC